UACAUCGCCUACAAGCUGGUGCCCAGCCACACCGGGCAGCAGGUACACCGUCGCUACAAGCACUUCGACUGGCUUUACGGGCGGCUGGCCGAGAAGUUCCCUGUCAUCUCUGUGCCCCACUUGCCGGAGAAGCAGGCCACCGGCCGCUUCGAGGAGGACUUCAUCUCCAAACGUCGCAAAGGCCUGGCCUGGUGGAUGGGACACAUGUGCAGCCACCCCGUGCUGGCUCAGUGCGACGCCUUCCAGCACUUCCUCACCUGCCCCAGCACAGAUGAGAAGGCCUGGAAACAAGGCAAGCGCAAGGCUGAGAAGGAUGAGAUGGUGGGUGCCAACUUUUUCCUGACCAUCAGUGUCCCCACUGGCCCUGGGGCUGGCCUGGACUUGCAGGAGGUGGAGAGCCAGGUGGAUGGCUUCAAAGCCUUCACGAAGAAGAUGGACGAGAGUGCCCUGCAGCUUAAUCACACGGCCAACGAAUUCGCCCGCAAACAAGUCACUGGUUUCAAGAAGGAAUACCAGAAGGUGGGGCACUCCUUCAAGUGCCUCAGUCAGGCAUUUGAGCUGGACCAGCAGGCCUUUUCGGCUGGCCUCAACCAAGCCAUAGCCUUCACUGCAGAAGCCUACGAUGCCAUUGGGGACCUCUUUGCAGAUCAGCCCCGGCAGGACCUAGAUCCUGUGAUGGAUUUGUUAGCGCUGUAUCAGGGCCAUUUGGCCAACUUUCCAGACAUCAUCCACGUCCAGAAAGGAGCUCUUACCAAAGUAAAGGAGAGUAAGCGGCAUGUGGAAGAGGGGAAGAUGGAGCUCCAAAAAGCUGAGGGCAUUCAAGAACGCUGUAACAUUAUUUCUUUUGCAACCUUAGCAGAAAUUAAUCAUUUCCACAAAAUCCGUGUGAGGGACUUUAAAUCACAGAUGCAGCAUUUCUUGCAACAGCAAAUACUCUUUUUCCAAAAAGUGACACAAAAGCUAGAAGAAGCUCUUCACAAGUAUGACAGUGUUUAAUCUCUGAACUUUGAUUUGUGGACUUCCCUGAGCAUGGAUGUGACCCAGGCAGCAAAGCAAAUGCUGCUGCUGAAGAACUUUCCAGUGGUAGACGGUGGUACAAGGAUGGUUUUGUGUUCACCUGGAACCCCAGUUUAAUCUCUGAUUAUGUAGAAAGGAAGCAGUUAUAGGGCUAUGUAGCAGAAACAGUACCACGCAUUGUAACUAAGUUAUACUGUGUAUGCCUACACUACCAUUGUAACUUUUUUGAAAUAACGAGUAUACUAUUUGCCUUAUUGCUUUUUGAAAUACGGUAUUUUAGUGCAUACUUUGUAGACCUCAAAACCCUUUGGGUCUUUAAGGAAGCUGGCUAGAUAAAAGCCUGCUUCAGAUGCCUUUUUAUUUUCCUAGAUUUGGAUUUCCUAAAUUCAAACGGUUCUCUGUUUACAGACUCCUACUAGAGCAGCUAUGUGAUUCUGUGCCUUUAGAAUCUAUUUUUCCUUUUCUAGUAAGUCACAUUUUUAUGAUUGAAUGAAUGAAGGGUUAAUGCCUAUGACAAGAACUGAUUAUGAAACCUCACAUGGACUGGAAAAAAAAUCAGCUGCCAUCCAGUUUGCACAGCCAGUACGGUCUUAGGACAAACGUUGUCUCAAAAAGGAGAUCUUAAAUCUAUUACGCUUUCCCUGAAAAAGGAGACUACUUGUUACAUGUACUGGGAUGUUAAGCACAUAUACAAAAAUACACCACUUAAUUC